GGGAAGAACUGGAUUUUCACCCUAGUCUAGCAGCUUUGCUGCUCACUUAAACACAGAUGAAUGAAGACCCCAUUUGGAAAAUCACCAGGUCAGCGGUCCAGAGCUGAUGCAGGUCAUGCAGGAGUCUCUGCAAGUAUGAUGAAGAAAAGAACUUCCCACAAAAAGCAUAGAAACAAUGUUGGACCAAGCAAACCUAUUUCUCAACCACGAAGAAACAUUGUAGGCUGCAGAAUACAGCAUGGCUGGAGAGAAGGGAGUGGACCUGUAACACAGUGGAAGGGCACAGUUCUUGAUCAAGUUCCUGUAAAUCCCUCCCUCUAUCUUAUAAAGUAUGAUGGAUUUGAUUGUGUGUAUGGACUAGAACUGCACAAAGAUGAAAGAGUUUCAGCACUUGAAGUCCUUCCAGACAGAGUUGCUUCAUCUCGAAUUAGCGAUGCCCACCUGGCAGACACAAUGAUUGGCAAAGCUGUGGAACAUAUGUUUGAGACAGAGGAUGGCUCAAAAGAUGAAUGGAGGGGGAUGAUCUUGGCUCGAGCUCCUAUUAUGAACACAUGGUUUUAUAUUACCUACGAGAAAGAUCCUGUCUUGUACAUGUACCAACUCUUAGAUGACUAUAAAGAAGGUGACCUUCGCAUUAUGCCCGAUUCCAAUGAUUCACCUCCUGCAGAACGAGAACCAGGUGAAGUUGUGGACAGCCUGGUAGGCAAACAAGUGGAAUAUGCCAAAGAAGAUGGCUCAAAACGGACUGGCAUGGUCAUUCAUCAAGUUGAAGCCAAACCAUCUGUCUAUUUCAUCAAGUUUGAUGAUGAUUUCCAUAUUUAUGUCUAUGAUUUGGUGAAGACAUCCUAG